AUGACCCCGUUUAACCACUCGCCGACGACAGACAGGGGCAAGGCGAUUGUGGCUAGAGCUUUGUCGGUGUCGCCGCACUUGGUGGCAACUCCGCCUCCGUCGCGUGUUCGGACUUUUAUGCAGGGGAGGACUCGCCCAGUGUCUUCGUCUUCUACUCCUCUCGGUGGUCCUUUCGUUGCUCCCACUCCGUCUUCUACCACGCCUCAGACAGAGAGGGGGCUUCAGAGGGCUUCUUCUUCGACGGUUGGCUCGUCGGACUCGGGGAUGCAGCGCCACGCCGCGGUGGUGGUGGAGCAGCAGCAGCCGGCCUUGGGCUCGGCGCUGCCGCAGCUCCCUGCCGCUGAUGCGGCGACGCAGCAGCAGACCCAUGGUCCGGUGGGGCUUCAGCAGCUGGCCGGGGGCUUAGCGGCGCAGCAGCAGGUCAUCGGCACGGAGGGGCAGCAGCCACCGCCCCCGGGCUCGAUGGCGCUGCAGCAGCCGGCCACGGGCAAGGAGGGACUGCACGCAGCCCCUUGCGCGCCUGGGCAGCAGCCCGCCUCUGGCCAGGGUGCUCCGUCGCCGUGCGGAGGGCCUGGGGUGGCGCCGUCCUCGCCCCGUGCGCCUCAGGCGAAGGAGCAGGACUGGUUGGGGAGGCGCCCCAGCCGGUCCCCUGUGAGGCGCCAUGGCCGAUCCCCGGCGCCCUCUCCGCCUAAGGGGGUUUUGGCGUCGCGGUCGGGUUCGGUGCAGGGGGCUUCAUCGCCAUCUACCCCUGCAUCGAGAUCUUCUUCACCAGCGUCUGGACCGUCAUCUUCACCGCGCUUGUCUCCGCCUCCGCCAGUUGCCCCCGUCUUGCAUCCUCCCCCCACUAUUCCUCCACCAGUUGCGCAGCCGCCGGUGAGGAGGAGUGGGAGGUUUGCUACGACGGAGGAUGGCGUGGAGGCUACGGAUGAAGACGUGAUGCAGAGGGCUAUGCGACGCAAGGCGGAAAAGAACCUCGACACGGCAGGUACUAGAAUUUCAUCCAAGUCCUUCACUUCUUUUUCUGAUACUAGAAUUUCUUCGAAUUUGAGUAGUGUAGGUAUUUCUUUGGGUAGAGGUUCAGAUGAGAUUUUAGCUUCAACUCAUGUGUUGAGACAGACGGAGCUUGACCGUUUAACGGUUGCUCCAAAUGGAUCCACUGAGCUGGCUACUUCCACUGUUGACGAUGACGAAGAUGAUGGCAUCCUAGAUGGUCAUCUUCUCUCGGCUUUAGUUGGGAGUGUGACAGAAGUUGAUUUAGACCACUCAGAGUUUAGUUCAGUUUAUGACCUCUCUGCCUCUGAACGUGGUUCUAGAUCAUCGGCUGGAAAGAAAUCUCGUAGAUAUGGCAAGAAAUCUAAAUCCAAAAUAGUUUCUCGAUGA